GACUGUGUAUAAACUGGUAUGUGUGUAGUAUAGUCAAUGGUUCUAUAAAUAUACACAACUACCCAGUCGCCAUUAUAUACAGGUACAUCUUGUAUAAUAUAUAACAGGACUUCUCACUCGGCCAGUUGAUCAGGGCAACCAAAAAUAUGGAGCAAGGAAGUUCAGCUAAAAUGAACAGAGACUCACAAGAUGGCGACAUUGGGUGUUGUGGAUAUGUCCUCAUGUUUUUCUCCAUCUGUGUCGUCAUCAUAUUUUUCCCGUUUUCUCUCUGCAUGUCCAUCAAGGUGGUGCAGGAGUAUGAGAGAGCCGUCAUCUUCAGACUGGGGCGAGUGGUGUCUGGUGGAGCCAAGGGACCAGGUCUUUUCUUCGUGUACCCAUGUAUUGAUGAAUUCAAGAAGGUUGACAUGAGAACAGUAGCAUUUGAUGUACCCCCACAAGAGAUUUUGUCGAAGGAUUCCGUGACGGUGUCCGUGGAUGCUGUGAUUUACUGUAAUAUUUUCGAUGCGGUAAUGUCGGUGUGUAAUGUGGAGGAUGCCUUCCAGUCCACAAAGCUUCUUGCUGCCACCACCUUGAGGAACGUUCUCGGCACGAAAAACAUGUCCGAGAUGUUGACGGACAGAGAUGCUAUUUCCUUCCAGAUGAAGCAAAUUUUGGACGAAUCCACUGAUCCCUGGGGGGUGAAGGUUGACCGUGUAGAAAUCAAAGACGUGCGACUGCCUCAUCAGUUACAGAGGGCUAUGGCUGCGGAGGCUGAGGCAUCCCGAGAGGCUAGAGCCAAGGUAUUGGCUGCUGAAGGAGAACAGAAAGCGUCCCGUGCCCUGAAGGAAGCAGCUGACAUUUUGUCCGAGGCUCCAGCCGCCGUCCAGCUCCGUUAUCUCCAGACUCUCAACACCAUCGCAGCCGAGAAAAACUCAACCAUCAUAUUCCCUCUGCCGAUUGAUCUGAUCCAGUCAAUGGCCAAAAAAUAAACAAGGAUGCCAACAGACUGGUCAAUCUAUGACUGAAGGACAGCGAUGAAAAAAACCAAAACAAUGACAUAGAUUUAUAGCCAGAAAGUCAGGAAAAUAACUUUUUAAUGAAAUUUAAAAAAGAACAAAAUUUCGGAAAGAUCGCAACCUAAAAUUCUUAACGAGAGAGACAACAUAAAAGUUAUAACUUUUAAGAUACUUAUUCAUCAUUUCAGAGUAUAGCUUUAAAAUAUGAACUUUAUCCAGAUGAAUUUCAAGCUGAGGGUUAGUGAAUUCAAGAAUCUCAACCCCAAGGUUGAGACUGAGCGUGAUACUCUCAUGUUCGAGGUAAAACAAUUUUUUACAUCCUAUUAAUGACAUCCAAUGGAAACAAAAUUUCUGACCGAGGUGUCAUACUUAUUUCUAUUGUUCCAGUGAUGUCAUCCUAUUGUUCCUGUCUAUUGUUCUAUGGCUGUAUGGGCCAAUAUGACAUUAACCUAUGUGAGGUAUUCCUUGCUGGGGAGUGAAUUGGUGAUCUUUCUAGGCAGACACAUCUGUGAGGGAUAGCAGAAAAUGUUUAGAUGAAAGACAUUAUCCAAAGGAUUAUGAUAGAUAUUUUAAAGAUUUUUACAAAUUGCAAUCAAGACAUUCUAAAGAUUAAGUGAUUUGUGGAGUCUAGUGAUAUAAAAAUGUUGGAUUCAUUACCUUAGACAUGUAAAGUGCUAUUUAUACAGGAAUUUGGUAUGUGAAAUUGAUUAAAAGAGCCCCCUUGGGGAUGAGACAGGGGGUUCUCAUUCCGAGAGGGUAGAUUCUUAAAUUGACAGACAACAGGCUUGUCAACUGUUUGGAAACUUAAGAAUCUUUCCCCGACGGUUGAGAAUCCCUUUUCUCACCCAAAGGAGAAUAAAUAAUUAUAUUUCUCUUAUCCUAUUGGCCCUUUUAUGCAUGCAAUAUUGACAUUGUGACAAUGUUGACCCGACACAUUUGAUUUGGCUAUAUGACAUCAAGGUAUUUUCAUAAUGACGUCAUUGUAUUGUGUUUGUAACAUUAUAGAAUUGUUCUGAAGGGAGAAUGCCCUCGUCUCAAACCUAGGGUUAGAUAAAGAAAUCUUAUACAGGUAGAAAUGUGGAUACACCUGUCCAGGAUAUGAGAAAAAAUGAUCUAUUCUCAAAAAUAUGUAAAAUACUUCUUACAUUCCUAUAACUGAUCAGUCGAGAUUCAGGUAUAUUUGUAGGUAUUGAUCUCUGUGGUUGAUUUUUUUUUUUUUACUUUUCAGCAUUUUAUCUGUCGUUGUUGAAAUCCAUUUAAUUUAUUUUCCUACUAAGAUCAAAGCAAUUUCCUUUAAAUAUAUAUAUAUAUAUAUAUAUAUAUAUAAGUAAAGAUUUUCUACAGAAUUAGAUGGCUGUUCAGUUUUUUUAUAUGUAUGUAGUUCAAUUUGGAUAAUAUCAUCUUAUAUAUACAAUUGUAUAUAUCAUUUAGUUAACAUCAUCCUAUUCAGACAAAUCUGUUGCUUCAAAAAUCAAUUUGAUAUUUUCGUUUCAAUGUUUUAAAAUACUGUCUAGGUUUUAAAACAGACAUUCUUAAUUUUGUAAUUUUUUUUAAAUAUCAAUAUUUGCCUGAUAGAUUUUGCAGAUAAAACUACCUAUGUUGAUAUUUCAUGUCGUCCGAGAGGACUUGUAUACAUAUGUUGUAUUCCUGGUGAUGUAACCAGAUAUAUACAUGUAUCUGUAUUAAUAGUUAAGAUGUUUUGCAUUAUUUAUAAGAAAUGUUGUAGUUUGAUGUUUUCUGUGGCAUCAACAUUAAUUGUCAGUGAUUCUGGGGAAAUGUUGAUUCUAUAUAGCAAAGAGUUGAGUACAGCACACUUCACAUGGAUGAUUAACUCAUCCAAGUUUCAUCUACGCUUUAAAAGGUAGUUGUAUGGAGCCCAUGUUGAAAACACCACAGUUGCCUUAAGAAAUAUUUAAUGCAUUUCUUGUAAGAAAAUGAAAAAAAAAAUCCUUAAAAUAACGUUUAGUUUAUUGAAUUAAAUUUACCCCCUUUUUUUCGGACAGACAAUUAACAAAACAGAUUAGGCACAAGUUAAUCCACUAAUCAAUCCUUUCAAAUUUUUUUAUGUAUGAAUGAUGUUAGCAAUUCAUAUACAUGAAUUACAAGUCUGAUUUUGUUAAUAGCUUUUUUAAAAAACCUUAAAAUCAAGAUAUUGAUAUAUACUUCAUAGUUACAUGCUAUAUAUAAGUGGGCUCCAGUGGAUUUGCCUUAAUUUCUGGAAAUUCAAAUGAAGAUGAUGCAAGUUGUUGCGCUUGUCUUUUUUCGAACACAAGCUCAAUACAUGUAUGAAGUGAUAGAAUACCAGAGGUGUUUUAAUCAUGGAAAUUUCUACGUCAACAUAAUUUUUAUUUUUUUUUCAAAUACAAAAGCUGAAGCCGCAAAAUAUAAUUAACUUAACCGAAAAAUUUUGUCUCUUGUUUUAAUGCUGUACAGUAAAAUUCCAGUAACUUUUUGUUUCACAAAUUCAAAUUACAAUGCAGUAAAUUGUGAGAUGAUUAUUGGGUACACUUCAGGUAAAAAUGAUUUCAAAAUUAUUUUAUAUUAGAGAUGAAACAGCAAAAUAUUUAUCUUGUGGUUCUCUUUAUGAAAACAGUUUUUCCACCGACAGAUACAACAGUGAUGAAACCAAGUUUACACAUUGAACCCACAACAUACCUAAACAUGUAUCACUUUGAUUAUGUGUGAUCUAUAUACAUACUGUUCUAAUUAUAUAAUGUACAUAUGAAUAUGGAAGUAGUAACUCAUUGUCAAUAAAAACACCAGAAACUCA